UUCUGAUUAAAUAGAUCUAGUGUUAUCACCAUUUGUUCACGAUGAAAUUUACGCACGUUUAUCGUAUGAGAAUGAUAAAAAGGGCAGAACUGAAUUAAAAUUGGUUAGUUGCACUUAUUAACUCAAUCGUCUAGCUUCCAAGUACAAACCACUUUUCACAAGUGCGAAAAGCGAACACACCCAAUAUGUUCGUAAAAGUCGCUUUCUUUGCAUUAUUAGUGAUCGUCGAUGGGCGAAUAACUUAUUUCGACAAACAAACGUACGAUACGAAACCAACGUAUGCCAGAAACCAAGAAAUUCAAAUUUGCACCGAACUAUGCUCGUCCGGAUUAGGCGGCCGUCCGUGCGGAGGAACUUGCACAGAUCUCAUACCGGAAAAUUUAUCACCGAUCAUUACAGAGGAUGAACGGAAUUUCACCACGUCCAACAUAACUAGGCACGAAAUGUGCCCGACAUUGUGCCGGUAUGACCUGGGACAUCCGCUAUGUGACUGCCCUACUAGUACUCCCAAUGAACAGGAGAAGAUCAAUUAUGCCGAAAUCUGCAAUGGUUUUUGCUUAAAGUACGAUUACCGAGUUUCUGGAUGCCGGUCUUGUAAUACGCAAGGAAAGAUGAAAACACGCACAAUGCCAAUACAUACAAAAAUCAACCGUCCCAAAUUACACGUAAGGUUGGAUUGGGAGAUUUGGUGCAGGCAACAGUGCGCGGUCAACAAUGGUGGAAGUGCUUGCAAUUGCGAUAUUUUACCGUUUAGACUAAUGCAGUAAGGCAAGAUUCUGCAAGACUGUGGUGAUUCGAAUUUUUUGUAUGUUAAUCUCAAUUGUACGUUACUUAUGGCUUAUUACAUUUACCUCCACCAAA